AGCAACAGCAGAGCUGCACAUGAGGCAAAUCUCUCUGUUUCUCUCAAAAGAAACAUUCAACUGAAUCAGCAGCUUUUUCUCAACAACAGCAGAGUCUCUGCAAACACUGAGUGCUGAUAUGUCUGCUGCCAGCAGUCUGCUGACUGAAGAUCAGUUUCUCUGCUCCAUCUGUCUGGAUGUGUUCACUGAUCCAGUCAGCACACCAUGUGGACACAACUUCUGUAAAACCUGCAUCACUGAUCACUGGGAUAUAGAUGCUCCCUAUCAGUGUCCUACCUGUAGAAAAGGUUUCAACACGAAACCUGAGCUGCAGGUCAAUACUUUGAUCUCUGAGAUGGCUGCUAAGUUCAGACGGUCAGCUCAACUGAUACCAGAAGAAGUUCACCGUGACGUCGACUCAGGAUCCAAACUGAAGACCUGGAUGUUCUUCUGGGCGUGUGUGUGUGUCUUCAUGGCCUGGAUGAUGUGGGUGUUCAUGGCCUGGAUGGUUUCCAAGACACAGGCUGAAAUUCUGCAGAUGAUCCAGAAGGAGUUCAAACACUCAAUGGAGCUCAGUAAGGAAGACAUAAACAGACAGACCUUAACUCUUAAGGAGUCCUUUGAGAGAAGCCAGGCCGAGCUCAUCGAGACGAUCAAAGAGAAACAGAAAACAGAGAAACUGGCUGAAGGCUUCGUCAAAGAUCUGAAACAGGAAAUCUCUGAGCUGAAGAAGAGAAACACUGAGGUGGAGCAGCUCUAUGUGGCUGAGCAGGAGAAACUCAGGAAACAGAUGAAAAUGCUCUAUGAGCCUGAUCUGAAGAGGUUCCAGCAGUAUGCCGUGGAUGUGACUCUUGAUCCUGAUACAGCACAUCCCUACCUCAUCCUGUCUGAAGAUGGAAAACAAGUUAAAUUUAGUGAUGUGAGGACGAAUCUCCCAGACAAUCCAAAGAGAUUUGAUUCUUGGCAUAAUGUCUUAGCAAAGCAGAGUUUCUCUUCAGGAAGAUUUUAUUAUGAGGUUCAGGUUAAAGGGAAGACUUAUUGGUGGUUAGGAGUGGCCAGAGAGUCGGUCAAGAGGAAGGAAAGCACUCAACCAACUCUUCAAGAUGGUUACUGGACGAUAUCUUUGAUGAAUGGUAAAUCAUACUACGCUGUUGCUAAAUCUUCAGUCUCUCUCUCUCUGAAGUCUCGGCCUCAGAAGGUGGGGGUGUUCGUGGAUUAUGAGGAGGGUCUGGUCUCCUUUUAUGAUGUUGAUGCUGCAGCUCUUAUCUACUCCUUUACUGGCUGCUCCUUCACUGAGAAACUCUACCCAUUCUUCAGUCCAUUUGUUCCAGAUGACGGUAAAAACUCUGCCCCUCUGAUCAUCUCUCCUGUCAAUCACUGAGUAGAUCAACCAUUUGAUUUUCUAGAUUCUCUUUCAUUUCAUUUCACAAAGUUUUUCAGUGUUGUCACAUUUGCUUCACAGAUUAUUGGAGUUAAUGGAAUUAACUUCCAUUCAUCUGCCUCCUAAACGUUUUCAUAAGCUUCAAAUAUGGACACAUAUUGAACCAAAACUGUAUUUGGCAUGUACUGAAAACAUUUGCCUCAUUUGAAACACUCACCAAAGACCAUAAUAUACCCAGAUCACACUUUUUUCGGGUCCCACAGAUCCGUAGUUUGGGCAGAAAGUCUUCCUCUCAUUCCCCCACCUUCCACCCAAGAGUCAUUUAGAUAAUAUCAUUUAUGUCAUUUAUACAGUUGUUGAAGAUGGUUCCUGCCCCUUAAAACAUUAAGAUACAAAAUGUGUAAGCUGAUAUAAACUUGGAGUCCUUUUAUUGAUUUCAUUGAACAAUUUUCACUCAAUGAUUGCGCUGUAUUGAUAAUAUUUGCCUUCUGUUAUUACACUGAAGAUGAUCUGAUAUGAAAUUGUUUUUAUUGUCGUAUUCUGUGCUUGUUUCUUUUUUUAUCUAAAGAAGUGUUUCUCAAAUGGGGGUACGUGUCCCCC